UUUGACAUUACAUUGUUGUUAUUAAGUCAACUCUUAUGAUGCUGCGACUUUGAUCCAUUCAUUUCUGAACUUCCUGCUGGUGGGAAAAUAAAGCUCUGAUAAGAGCAACAAUGUGUGUGAGUCUCCACUGCUGAGAUCGACAUUUCAAGGUGUCGCCACUCACGUGCUCCUCACCUCUACUGCCCUUUGAAGCCACUGGUCGUGUUAACAUGCUCAUAGUUGUGUCUGGGUCCAAACCAGGUGUGGCUGAAUACAGAGACCUCACUUCCUGCCCUUCCCUCUCCUGUGCUCCCCGCCUCACUGUCCCAAGUGUCACCAUUGAAGGUCAGCGUGGUGCCAUCCACACAGAGGCCAUUGUUGACGUGUGAAGAGUGCGAGGAACAGUGGGAGUCAGAGGUCACUGCUAUAAUAGGGAGGGAACAGUGGAGCUGCAGCACUCUCCAGGUGACGUGUCAGCCUUUUGGUGGAUAAAGGUUUAAAGGUAUUUUGGAUGUUGUGGGUGUACAUGCAUGAUCAGUGUUGAUGUUCCAUGGAUUGUGUUUGUUUUGCUUGCGUAUGGGUGUGUUUUUCCUGUGUGCCUCCGACUGAGUGUGGUUUGAGAUCAAAUUGUGUGCUUGUCUGAAGUCUACCGUCACCAUUGCAGUGAUACUGUCUGUGUGUGCGUGUGUGUAUACGUGCGUCUGUGUAUUUGUAUGUUCUUUGCUUUGCUUAAUUUCAUGCAUGUAUGUCUGAUCACUCAUGUCAAUAGCAUUAGUGGAAAAGGUGGUGAAAAUGGACUGUCAUCACAAACUGCCAUGGACAAAUGAACCUGCAGAACAAGCUGGCAGCAAACUGGAGGCAGGGUCAGAGUUCUUCAGUGGGAGAGGCACCUCUACCUGUCGUACCUGCUGUCCAGUGGUCAGUCUGUCUGUCUCCUGUCUGCUGCUGCUACUCACCUGCCUCACUCUCACCGUCCUCUAUUCCAGCCAAAGGGUAGGCAGUCCACGAUGGAGAAAUCUGGUCCUGGACUGUCAGAACAUCAGCCAGGACCUUUCUCUCAUAGAGCAACACAUGGAGCUGAAAUGCAACAAUGAAGAGUUGACUCCCCGAGGCCACCUGCUGGACAAACUACGCAAACAACUGAACGAGACUUCAGCUGAACUAGACGUGACACGUUUGGCCUUCACCUCAGAGAGGACUCGUCUGAUGGAGCAAGUACUGAACCAGACCGCUGCGAACCUACAGCUCACUCAAGAGCAUGAAGCGCUGGCCCAGAAGGUGUUGCGGCAGCAGGAGGAGAACAGGAACAAGUCGAUGACCAUUGAAGAGCUCGUCCAUACGUCCGCUCGACUGCAGGAGGUGCAGAGGAAUCUCCGCGAGGAGAGAGAGCGACUAAGGGACGAGAUGGUGAACAAGAACCGGGAAGUUCUGGUGAUGAACGACAAGCUUCAAAGAGAAAUCCAGAAAAUUAAAGACGAUGCCACAAGCAUAAGCAUUAAGAUCGCAGAAGAGCAAGUCAGAAACCAGAACUUGAGUCUGCUUCUGGUAAAAGCUGCUGAGCAGGAGGAAAGCCAGAGGAAAGACUCACAGAAGAUUCUAGAAGAAUUACAGUCAAGCAAAGAAGCUCUCCGUGUCCUGGACCUGUACUGCCCCGUGGUCAACCAGAGGACCAAUGAACGACUCUGCAAAAAAUGUGACGACGGCUGGGAAUUCUUCCAGAAUCACUGCUAUUACUUCUCGAGCCGGACGCUGCCAUGGAACGCCAGCAGGCUCUGGUGCCAGUCACAACGGGGCGACCUUGUCAUUGUGAACAGCCAGCAAGAACAAAUGUUUAUUUUCAACACCAGUGAAGCUCUGGAGUCUGGAAGCCGAGCCUGGAUCGGUCUGACCGAUGGAGAGGUGGAGGGCGAUUGGCGCUGGGUGGAUGGAAGCUCACUGUCUAGUGAUUUAAAAUGUUGGCUCACCAGACCUGGUAAGGCUCCAGAACCAGAUGACUGGAAGCAGCGUGAUCCACUAGGAGAAGACUGUGGACACAUAGAUACCAUAGAGAGAGUUAUGGAGUCUUGGAUGGAUGCUUCAUGCCAACAAGAGCACAGAUGGAUCUGUGAAAAGAAAAUUCAGAUUCAACUCUCCUGAAAUGUCUAUAUGUUUGUGGUGGGUUUGUUUCUAAA